UGCACAGUGUAAUAUCUCAAUUUACUACAGUAGUUGCCGAAAAUGUAACAGGGAUAUCUCCAAUUAGGUAGCUAGCACAUGAUCAACAAACGUGUUUAGAAGAACAAGGAGAUUUAAUCUACCCGUGAAAAUGACUUGAAACCAUGUGAGCUCUUCUGCAGUGAGGAAAAUUUACACAUUCCAUUCCCUGAGCCGUCGAUUUUUUUUGGUCAACCAACAAAAUGGCUUCCGGACCGAUGAGUAACGUGUUGAUACGAAGAUGGAGCGAGAUUUACAAGUUGAAAUCAUGAUUUGGAAUAGAUUUUUCUGUUUGUUCGGCAAAAGAGGCGGGGUGAAGUGGAAGGAGAAGUUGUGAAUACUAAUACGAACUACGUGAUAUACAAAGAAAUACCAUAAAAUAAGUGGAUAGAAAAAAUACUAAAGAAUUUGGGCCGUUGGGCCCCUCUGAACAAUUUAAGAGAUGCAGAAGGGGACCCGCCCUCGGAAUUGUGUCACAAACAAUCGGCAGAUGCUUCUGGAAAUUAAAGAGUCUCUUCAACAUCUUCACAUGAAUCAGGAGCCAUCAAGCAAUGGAAAUCUUGGGGACGUCCCGCGGAGGGGCGAUGUUGGGCGGCAGAAAUUCGGGGAGCACCGUAAGAAAUUGCAAGAGAUCAGGAACAGUUUGGGGUUGUCUAACGGGGUUGGAGAGUCGGGGCCGGUGUCUGGGAUUGCAACGUCGACGGCGACGGCGGCUAACAGGCAGAUGCUGCAACAUCUUGUCAACAUGGGUUAUGAAGAGGAGAUUGCUGUGAGAGCUCUGAAACUUUGCCAGAAUCGUAGCAUCGAGGCAGCGGUGGACACCAUCAUCAACAGACUGUCAGGUUUCAAUGAUGCGGGUAGUGACAGCCAAGUGUCUACUGCUAAGUUCCUGGCCAAUGGAAGCUCAAGGGUGUCUACAGCCACAAUCAAUCGGAAGCCAAGCUUUGAGGAUAGAUCUGGUGGCAGUUCUCCGAGCACAGACAUCUAUCGGCCAGACACCACAUCCUACUACAACCACCCAGCUCUCAAACCUGUUGCGGACUACACCAGAAACACUUCAAACCCGGUCUCUCGGAACAACUCCUUUGAAAAUGCAAAGAGCCUACCUCAGCAGUAUGGUGCCAGACAGUAUACAACGAACGUUGUGAUUGGUGAGAGACAGACUCCCCCACCCAUACCUACACAAGGGUUGUCCAAUCACGUUGGUGGUCACAUGGGGCAAGGGUCGAUCCCUACGAUAAGUGGGGAGUACCGGCUGACUCAAACAAGUCAACCUGUUUACACGUCUGGACGGCCGCAGCAAAUGACACAUCGCUUAGUCCCUGUUGGACCAACCAGGCAUUUGCCCGGGAAUUUAGUAGGUGGCCAGAAUCCCAAUGCCCAGGGGCAAACAAGAGACUAUGUAGCCCAUAAUCUAGGCCGACCCAUGGUGAUAGGGAUGGGAAAUAGACAGAGUGUUUCAAGUGACAGGACUCAAAGCGAUAUAAGGACACCGGUCGGCAAUACACAGAGCAAUGUCGUUAUCGGUCGGUUAGGUCCACACACCGACCAAACCCAGACGUAUCACACACAAGGCACGAACGGACAAAUGCACCAAAAGGGUAGCGUGAACACUAACAGAUACUCGACAGGCAGCGAUUCGGGUAUCUCCAGCGCCUCGCCGAGCUCGUUGAACCCUGACGAGUAUCGGUACAGCCGGCAGACCAUCACCGAGAGCGCUCAGUGUUACUACGGCAUCACUUCCUCGACGACAACGACAUACACCGUUGGUAAACAAUUCACAUUAGCCGAUCAUAACGCAGGGUAUCCGAGUUCAUCUCAGUACCAGCCUGCAAAGACCUACCUAACUCAAGCUUCGCCUAUGGACAAACACCAACAAGGUUUACACGUGUACUCACAACAGAGUCCGAUACCACAGCAACCGUCAGGUAGCCAAUCGUAUGUUGGUCAACAUCACUAUGACAAGAGAUCACCUGUUAUUGAUCAUCUAACGGCGAAACAUUUACCACAGCCUGUGCCGACAAAUGACCACUAUCGAAGCUCAGCUCAUAUUGUAAUUUUACCACCAGAGGGGCAAGCGGGCACCGCCACCCAAUCUCAACUCCUUGAUCAGGACAUUAUAAAUGCCAUGAUCAGUAAAACGCAACCCCCUCCAAGCUAUGAGAUGAGCACGCUCCACCGCCAACAGCUUGGCAUACAGAGUCAAGCAAGUGGCUCAAUGAACAGUAGCCCAAUGAACAGUAGUACCUCAGUUGGUCCAGCUCCCUCGCUUGCUCACGACAACCUGGUCGGCCAGAACCACAUCUACGUGAAGGAGCCCAAUAUCAACAAGCCACCGCUGAAGCAACCCCCUAGCUACGAAGCUAGCACCCAGCACCGCAUUACACCCAAUCCAACACCGUCAAUCCAAAAACAGACAUACAGUACUGAUAUCAGUAAUUUCCGACCAAUCACAUCUCAAGGUUCUGCUGUGAAUAAACCGCAGCAGCCGACCCCGCCACCAGCAGAGCCCCCUCAACCUAAGCCCGCCUUUACGAUCGUCAUAUCAAGAGUCGGCGAGGAAGGGGGUAAGCUACCGCCUCCGUAUCGAUUGCCACAGUCUGGGGCCAGUCAGUCCCAGUAUGGUGCCACCCCCACGCAAUCUGAGACUCCGCUACGGAAAAUAUCUCCCCCACAACCUGUUGCUGUGAACACCACCUCUGCCUUAGCCAUAGGUGCCUAUAAUGGUCCUGCUGUCAUGCAUUCCGUUAGGAGUACAGUUGUACCAAAGCCUGUAUUGCAAACAGCUCAUGGACCUGACCAGCUCCCGCCCCCUAGAGGUCCCUCACCUGACACCAUUAGCACCCUCAGCACACAAAGCACUCAGAGCUCAAACCGAUCGGAAUCACCUCCCCCUCCAAGACCCCUGUCUCCUCCUCUCUCAGAAAUAUCCACGACCUCUACCACGUCAGACACAGGAAGCGAAAUCAGAAACACCGGUGUCUCCGAUGAACUCCAAGAAAAGCAAAAAAUUGAGUCGCCUGUCCCGGAGAGGAAAAACAAGGGUAAAAACAUUGACAAGUUUGAAUCGCGUGUCAAAUCAUACUCGCCGCAAGCCUACAAGUUUUAUAUGGAACAACAUGUUGAGAAUAUAAUGAAGUCAUAUAGACAACGUCUCAACCGUCGUAUGCAGCUUGAAAAUGAAAUGGCUCGGGUCGGCCUCUCAGAAGAAGCACAGGAUCAAAUGAGGCUCAUGCUGAACCAAAAGGAAUCCAACUACAUCAGGCUCCGGCGUGCCAAAAUGGAGAAAAGCCUCUUCAAGAAAAUCAAAACCCUUGGCAUUGGAGCGUUUGGAGAGGUAGCCUUGGCGAGGAAGAUUGACACAAGGCAGCUGUAUGCGAUCAAGACGCUGCGUAAAGCAGACGUCCUGCAGCGGAAUCAAGUCGCUCAUGUCAAAGCGGAGAGGGACAUCCUAGCAGAAGCCGACAACGAGUGGGUCGUCAAGCUCUACUACUCUUUCCAGGAUCAGGAGAACCUCUACUUUGUCAUGGACUACAUUCCCGGCGGGGAUCUGAUGAGUCUUCUGAUCCGCUUGGAGAUCUUCCAAGAGGACCUGGCCAAGUUCUACAUUGCUGAGCUUGUGCUGGCCGUGGAGAGUGUACACAAGAUGGGCUUCAUCCAUCGAGACAUCAAGCCUGAUAAUGUGCUCAUUGAUCGGGAUGGUCACAUCAAGCUGACUGACUUUGGUCUGUGCACUGGAUUCAGGUGGACGCAUGACUCCAAAUACUACCAGAAACAGGGUCACAGUAGACAAGACAGCAUGGAGCCGAGUGAGGAAUGGGGCGACCCCUGCCACUGCGACUCACCCAAGGAGAGUACUAACAAGAACGGAGAGUUCAAGGUGGGCCAGAGGAUGAAAACACUGGAGAGACGCAGGAAGAGGCAACAGGAACGCUGCAAGGCACACUCGCUGGUCGGCACGCCAAACUACAUCGCGCCUGAGGUCCUUCGCAGAGUCGUAGGCUAUACACAGAAGUGUGACUGGUGGAGUGUGGGUGUCAUCUUGUAUGAGAUGUUGGUGGGUCAACCGCCGUUUCAUGCUGACUCUCCUGCAGAGACACAAUGGAAGGUUAUCAAUUGGCCCAACACCUUACACAUCCCCUCCCAAGCCAAGCUAUCCAGAGAAGCGUCCGACCUCAUCCUAUGCCUCUGCCAAGACCAGGAGACCAGGUACGGGGCCGACGAAAUCAAGCACCACCUCUUCUUUCAGCAGAUCGACUUCAGCACCAACCUCCGCAAGACACCGGCCCCCUACCAGCCCACCAUCCGCUACCCGACCGACACGUCCAACUUUGACCCCGUGGACCCCGACCGGCUCAAGGACUCCAACUCAAGCGGAGACAGUUGGGACGGAUACCCGUACAACGGCAAGAACAAGACGAGCAGUGGCCUGGAGAAUGGGAAACAUCCCGAACACGCCUUCUUUGAGUUCACCUUCAGGAGGUUCUUUGACGACAGGGGGCACCCGUACCCGGUACCCGUAGAGGAGUUGAUGGGUGGGAAUGGGGCGAAGUUCUUAGAUCUUGACGACCAACAUGAUAGUCAAGAAUCCCAGGAACCUGUGUAUGUGUGAGAGGCGCCAGUAAGUUCAUAGAUCAUUUUGAAGGAGUCCUUAUAACCUUAGCCCAAUUUCAUAGAGCUGCUUAAAGCACAACAAUUAGCUAAGCAUACCAAAAUUAUGCUUACCAGAAUAGAGUUACCGGCCAAAUUACAAUGUCACUUUCAACUUGUGACUGGCUGCUCAAUCUGCUUUUCAGAAAAUUGUUAAGCAUUAUUUUCUCUCUGUAAUUAAUUUGGCCAUUGGUUAAUCAGUGGCCAUUGACUGAAACGGUUAUUGGUUUCAACCGCUAAAAUGCACCCCUACAGGAGAGCAACCAAAUCUGUAUUGAGACUCGCCAGUAACUGACAUCUUCGCAGUCAUACGAGGUGAAUGCAAGGCCUGCCUGAUGCAUCUCUGUAUCUUGGGCAUUCCUGGUAUGUAACCUCAAGAAUGUUGAUGAAGUCAGAGGUGGAUUUCAAUUUAGUUUGUUGUCCGUGGUUUCAAUAGUAACAUCUUGCAGAAAUCUGACUAGGCCUGAUACUUCAGGGGAGGCUGUGGAGGCAAUUGCCCCCCGUGCCCCCUGGUUAUACCUUGGUGCCCUUUGAAACGCUCUUAUAGAAAAUGUGGAUUGCUUUGAGUUUUGCCGACCUUGAAUGCCUUUUUAAAAAAGGGGUAGAAAUUGUGUGUAGGGCAAGUUUCAAUCCUUAAAAUUUACUGAAUGGAAGUAUCCUUCGAACUGAUUUAUUCUAGAUAGUAUUUGACCCUACAUUUGUUUCAAAUGUGCUUGUUUUUUAGGACAGUUGAUUAGAAUGCACAGCAAACAUCUUCAGGAAAUAGUGUGUGGACAUUAUUUUCCUCUCAUGACGAUUUAGUUAAAAAAUUAGGGAUUUGUCUUUCAUGAAAUGAAGACAGUUUUAGAAAUCUGGCCCAAGGACCUAAGCAGCAGUUGAACCAAUACGUACUGUUUGUAUAUUUUACAGAAAAUAAAAGAAAAAUGUAUUAUGUAUAAAUAUCGAUGGGAAUAGACAUCCUAAAGUUCUUGAAAAGAACUGCAGUCGAUUGUCAUAAUACCACCAGUAUGUUUAACAUUCAGGAAGAAAAAGGACUGGUGACAACUCUAUUUUGUCCAUGUAAAUUUAAUUAGCGUUGAGGCGUCAUUGAAAGAGUCACUUUUCAGUGAAAAGUCAUAGUAGAACGACAAAGAAAAAGUGACAAUGUGAGAAGAUUUUGGUGAAAGAAAUGGUUAGUUUUGCCCAAACAAUCUCAUGUGAGAAUGGUUUUUAGUUAAUCUGAACAGGUCUAGUAUUCCAAUGUAUGUUGUCAUCUUAAAAUUUUAUUCAAUAAAAUUUGAAGAAGCUCAGUACUGCUUGUACUUAGGCUGUGUUCGAAACAGCGACUUCGGCUACAGCUACGGCUAGAUUACACGUCUGCCUAUUCUUCAACACUGGCAGACGCUCUGAUCUAGCCCUAGCUGUAGCCAAAGUCGCUGUUUCGGACACAGCCUCUAACUUACUAUUGAAGGAUUCUCUCUCUCUUUGCAGUACUGAUGAAGAAACGCAGUACUCCUUGACAAGGCAAAGCAUUUAUAGUAAAGAUUGCUUGACCAUGGUAGUCAAGAUGAGAGUUUUUGUUGAUAAUAAGGCCUAUAUACCUAGGAUCAAAAAUAUUUUAGGAGGUACAUAAAAAUGAUGGUAUUUGUAACCCCUGGACUCUGACAGGAAUAACAUUCUUUAUACUUACACGCAUGCCUGAUACUUCACAGAGGCAACGAAUAUGACUGUCUCCAUGCCCCCGAUCAUUGCCUUGGUGCUCUUGAAAUGCUCCAGUAUAAGUUUGCAAUUUCCUCAAAGCCCUGAGUGACUUGAGGCCCUUGCCCUUUCAAAAACGAAGCAUACAGGAAAUAUCAGAAAAAAUUGUUAAUUAAUAGGCUGAAAAAAUCUAUACCAGUGGUGGGAAAGUGUAGGUAGGCCCUCGUAUUCAAUUAAAUUUGCCCACUCUCGUUCAAAUGGCCAAAUAUCAUGCCUUGGCUGGAAAACCAUCUGAAAGCUUAAAGAAAAGAAGUUUGACAUCAUUGAAAUGUCGAGUGUUUGUUCUCUAUAAAUGCUCUCCUUGUAAUCUCCAAUGCAGUGUACCAAAAGUUGCCUGUAUUUUGGGGAAUGGGGACAUGGAUUUGCCGUUGUUUUUAUGUGCCAUGCCUAAAUGUUUGGAUCUGCAAAUAGUUAAAGCUUGACAGUUCAAAUGAUUUACACCCAAAUCAUUGGGAGGUUUCAAUCAUUCACGUUUGAAACACAUGAGGAUGUAAACUCAAAGGUAGAAAAUGUUAAAUGCAACAUUUUAACCUUUUAAAUAGAAAGUGUAAAAAGAAAAACCACACAAAUUGUAAAUAGAGUAUUCAAAGUUAAAACAAGUUAUAUUGUAGCCAGCAUGCAAAAGAUAAUGUUAUAUAUGUUGUGUACAUACAUGUAACAAUCCAUGUUAAAUUUUUAAAUGUUUGUCGCUAGUACAGUUAACCAGGAUUUGGCUAUUCGGUUUUGUUAGCACAAUUUCUUAAUCUGCUUAAAACACGUUUUGUACGCACUAAUUUUGAUCUUGGGUAACAUCUUUCUUGCAAGGCCUAAGGGAGUUUUUUCAGGAAGACUUUGUGGCACAGAUAUACUGAGUUGAUCCAUGGUUUUCUGGGACAUGUGAGCAUGCUCAGAACUACACUAAUCGACCCGAUUCACCUGUCAUCAUCAAUACAAUAAUCUUGCUUAACGUCCCUGUGUGUU